AUGAGAACAAUGGACACGCAGGUUCAGAGUGCGGACAGAGGGCUGGUGUUGCCCCCCAUGAGUUCAACGGCGUCGACAGCGACGGCGGCUACCAUGGCCACAAAUAUAGAUACGGACACAGAUGGAGAUGGAGAUGAGGAUGGAGAAGCAGUGCGACUGGCGGAAGAGGGCGGUGUCGAUUGGGUACCCGCACAUAUGCUGACCAGAGAUAAGUCACGCUACUUGGGCCACUUCCUCGGGGCGAAUAAGAUGCUGGAUGCGGUGAAGUGCAAACACUGUGACGUGGUGAUUAGACGGCAGGCGAACGGCACGAGCACGGCUCAGGCCUCGCAGGCGCAUUUGUGGAGCGUACACAAGAUAGAUCCGAAUGGCAAUUACUAUGGUGAAUGGGCCGGCGCAGAAGCAGGCGCAACUUUCAUGGCAAGGCCACCCUUAAAGAACCAUCAGGGCGGUGGCACCACGACAAGCAGCAUUGCCAACCUCUUGGACAUAGACGAGGAUCUUCUGAAAAGAACUAGAGAGAGGGAAAUGGCAUUGCCUCUCGUGCAGUCGCUGGCCAUCAUCAUUGCGUCGGAAAAUCUGCCCCUUUCGUUCGUGGACAACACUGCUGUGCGUCUCUUGAUCAAUCAAAACACCAACUCAUUAAGUUUCAUUGACCAUGAUCUGAUUGUGAGUACAAUCAGGUCCAUUGCGUAUAAUCUCGACCGAAUCGUUCAGAGGACUGCGUUGCGCAACAAUGCAGAUUUAUCGUUGAUCAUCGACAAAAAUUAUCUGCUGCUAGAUCCGGCGGAAAGAUCGGACCAGUUAUCAAAUAGAUUGAAGAACCAAUUAUUUGAAAUGCAAAAAAUCAACUUUUUCUCCUUGAGCCACUCCGUUUGGAAUAACACGAUCUCUAUAUUGAGUAUUCAGUACUACGAUGAUAUCCACUCUCAAGUUAAGACUUUGCCCUUGACCAUCCAAAAUUUAAAGGAACUAAACGAUGAUCCUAAACUAUCCAUUCCAGCUCAACUGUUCAAAAUCUCGCAAGAGCUGCCUGGUUUGCAAAAUACUGUUAUUUCCAUGACGCUACCAAGAUCUCAACUAAUAGAUCUUUUGAACGUGAUGGACAGCCAACCCUUUUUCCCCAACACGUAUACGAAUGCCAAAAAUUAUUAUCACAACUGUAUUAUCUCUAUCAUAAAUUCGGCAAUCUUGCCAUUGUUUGGUACGCCCAAAUCUGCUGAUAUCACGCAUUCAGCACAAUCGUCAUCUGCCAAAGGGCCAUUCACUUUAUUAGACUCUUUAAUUGAUUUAUCGGAUAUAGACAUUUCGAAUUCCAUUUUCUUCAGAAUCAAUUCCUUUUUAGAUGAUUUACAAUCAAAUUCGUGGCAACUAGAUAAAUUCCGCUCUUUAUGUGGGAAAUUUGGAUUUGAAUUCAAAUGCUCCAAGUUCGAUCUAACCCGCUAUUCUACAGCCACCGUUUCAUUGCAAACUUUCUUAAAUUUACGUCCCAUAAUAGAAGAAUACCAAUCCAUCAUUCAAAUUGAAAAAUUCAACGAAAUCGACUUCCAAAUAAUAGAAUAUUUAUUAACUACUUUGAAUUCCAUCAAUAGAGUAUUGAAGUUCUUUACUUCUUCCAAAGACUCAAAUUUUACCUAUGUUGUAUUUGCCAUAAUGUCCAUUGAAAAACAUUUGUUAUCUACUCUGAGCACUUUACAAUUCCAACGGUUGAUUGCGCCAUUUGAAGCUUUUUUAUCAAAGAUUCAAGAAUUCAAAACCAUCCUCUUCUCAGAUGAUAUGAAUCUUUUAGCAAUGUUCUUGUGUCCCGCAAUUUUAUUUGAAAGAGAAGUCUUGGAAUAUUCCUUCCAUACAAUUUCACUUUCUGAAAUAGUGGAUAAACUUUCCACACUAAUUUUCAGUUUGUUAAAGAGGUUUUUGAAUUUACAUACGAUAGGCAGCGUGAACAAUAAUAACAACAUUCCUACUAGUAACGACAUCAGCAGACACAACGAUGGUCAAGGCAACAACAGCAACAUCAGUAACAACAACGACAACAACGACAACAAUAAUAAUGACAACGACAACCUCUCAAAUUCACACACACCCGCAUCUAGAAUAAACAUAGAUUCCAAUAAUGGACAACGUUCGGUCUCGCCAGCCCAGCAACCACGUGAUGACAAUAAUAAUAUAUCAUUUGGUUCUCUCAGCGGUACCCAUCAGCUCUCAGACUCUACCAUCUCAAACGAAAUAGAUACAAUCUUUCUACAAAUCAUCCAAGAAGACCUAUAUGAAUAUUUGAGUACUGUAAACUCCAUCGUACCCAUAUCGUAUAGAUCAUACUGUGAACAGAGUAGUUUCGUUAGGGACAGUGGUCGCUUCAAAAAAAGAAUAAUAACAGAAGACUCUAUCAUAGGCGAAUUAGAGCAACCAUUGAAUUUCAUUGAAGAGUUGCUAGAUAUACAUGUUCCUGUGUGUAAUGCAUUCUGGACUCAAUACUUGGAUAAUGACGCUGGGCCGAUAAUUAGAAUCUUAUUCAAGAUAAUGCAAUGUCAGUCAUCUUCCUCCAUCAGGGAGGAAUACUCAUUUUUAAACAACUUCGCUCCAAAGACACACCCUGAUUUGACUCAAGAGAUCAUUAAAAUCAAAUUAUUCAACGACCAGUUCGUAGCAAGCAAAGUCGACUACGAUUUGGACACUUUACAAACCGCAAGCCAAUAUCUUCCGUAG